AUGGCUACGCUGCGGCCCGGCGAGGCCUCGCCAUCCUUUGCGCAAACCGGAGCCGAGCUCGAUCUCGACGACAGCGACAGCGACGACGACAACCUGUUCAACCUCGACGACUACGAUGAGGACGAGGAGGCCGUGGACCUGCGGUCCGAGGUUGCCGGUGCCGGUGCCGGCGCCGAGGCGCACGAGAUGCACGGCCUGCGCGGCGGCGACCGUCCGGGCAGCUCACGGAGCGAAGCAGCAGCAGAGGCGUCCUCGUCGGCGCGGCGCAAACACCGCAGGACGACGACGAGGCGCGGCAGCGGCAACACGGUGGCCAGCUACGAGCUGUACACCCCAGACGAGGAGGCAGCCGUGCGACGCAAGUUCGACCGCCGACUGGUGCUCUUCGUCUCAUUCCUCUUCCUGCUGAGCUUCGUCGACCGAUCCAACGUUGGAAACGCUCGCAUCGCCGGCAUGGAGGAGGACCUGCAGACCACGCCGCCCCGCGCUGGGUGGUACUCCCUCUCCCUGAGCGCCUUCUACGUCACCUACGCCUCCUUCGAGUGGCUCUCGCUGCUCUACCGCGUCCUCCCCGCGCACCUCCUCAUCUCCUUCGCCGUCGUCUCCUGGGGCGUCGUCGCCUCGCUGCAGGCCGUCGCGCCCUCGUACCCGGCCCUCGUCGCCCUCCGCGCCCUCCUCGGCCUCACCGCCCGCGUCGCCGCCUUCAUCGCCGCCGCGCCCCUCGCCAGCGCCGGCGCCUCCAGCCUCGCCUGGGUCGUCGUGCGGCUCGCGCGCGCGCUCGACCUGCCCAUAGCGCCCUGGCGGUUGCUCUUCCUCGUCGAGGGCCUGCCGUCCGUGCUCGCGGGCGUGCUCGCGUGGAGCGUCGUCCCGGACAGCCCGCAGUCGGCGCCGUACCUGACCCCGCGCGAGCGGCGUGUCGCCACGCUCCGCCUCCGCGGGGAGAAGCCACCCGCCGACUCGGACGACGGUGGCGCUCAGGGCUCGCGCAGACGACGGCUGUCGUGGCGCGCCGUCUUCUCCGUCGCCCUGGACCCCAUCGCCAUCCUCGCCUCCGCCAUCUUCUGCAUGGUCAACAUGGCCUACUCCUCCCUCCCCGUCUUCCUGCCGCAAAUCAUCCGCAGCAUGGGCCACUCCAGCCUCGCCGCGCAGGCCCUCGCUGCGCCGCCGUACCUCGUCGCCUUCGUCGCCGUCCUCGUCACUGCGCGGCUGUCCGACCGCCGCGCCGGCCGCACCCUCCCCACCGUCGUGCACGCCCUCUGCUCCGCCGCCGGCUACCUUGUGCUCGGUCUCGCUGAGCCCCUCCGCCUGCCCGCCUGGGCCCGCUACCUCGCCGUCUACCCGGCCGCCGUCGGCUUCUUCAACGUUGUCACCCUUAUUAUUACCUGGGGCAUCAACAGCCAGCCCGACGAGACGCGGCGCGGAGCCACGUUCGCCAUGAUGCAGCUCAUCGGCCAGCUUGGCACCCUCAUCGGCACCAGGCUCUACCCCGACCGCGACGCCCCGUACUACACCACGGGCCACCGCGUGUGCGCCGCCGUCUUGCUGGGGGCUGCCGUGUGUGCUUUUGCGCUUCGCUCUCACUUAAAGCGUCUGAACCGCAAGCUUGAUGAAAAGGAGGGCGUUGGCGCCUACGGCCACGGUCAUGGUAUUGCUGGCCAAGACUGCGACGAGGCGGAGAGAUUGGUUGGCUCUUCAGGACACAAGAGCUCGGGAAACAGCUUCAGGUAUCUGAUUUGA